AUGGAUCUCAAUUAUUUCGUAUGCACCCUUGGCCAAGCUGCCAGCCUGGACGCGCCCAAGUCGAGAUUCAACGACAUCAACGAGUUCAUCGAUCUCCUAGCAUGCUCCGUGGGAGAUAAACCGGCCGUUGGUUUCUUUGAACCCAUCAGUGACCAAAGCGCCUCGAGCGGCGUACCACUCAAGCGUUGGACUAUCACCUUCAGAGAACUCCGGAUCGCCUCUGUCAUCGUCGCCGACUUCAUCGACCGCCAGCUCCGAGACAAGUCUCUCCUCCAACCACAAACCGUCGGCCUCCUAUCUCCCAGCUCGCCGACCUUCGUUUUCGUCUGGCUGGCCCUGAUCCGCCUCGGGCACCCUGUUUUGCUCAUUGCUCCGCAAUGCCAACCGCCCGCCAUCGCCCACCUGCUCCGCAGCUGCCACGCAUCAAUCCUCUUCCACGACCCCUCCCUCGCCACCCUCGCCGCCAACGCCGCCUCCGAAACAACAGGCAACCUCUGCACCAUCCCCCUCUCCUCGGCCGUAGUCCCCGCCGACCUCUCCUCCCUCCUCAGCACAACACCCCCGCCCGCCCUCAACCUCCACGCCCGCCCUCCUCCCACGCACCCGCGCACGGACGACGUCGCCUUCCUCUUCCACACCUCGGGCACCUCGUCCGGCCUGCCCAAGCCCAUCCCGCAGACGCACCGCGGCGCCGUGUGCGCCCUGCCCCAGCGGGGCCAGCUGCCCCGGCCCAUCGCCACGGACGCCACCGACGGCGGCGGAGACGGCGCAACCUUCACCACCACGCCCCUCUACCACGGCGGCAUCGCCGACUGCUUCCGCGCCUGGGCCGCCGCCGCCCCCGUCUGGCUGUUCCCCGCGCACGCGCUGCCCAUCACCGCGGCGAAUGUGUGCGCUUGCCUGGAUGCCGCCGCGGCCGAGACGGAGGCGGAGGUGGAGGUAGUAUCAAACGGUUCGACAGACAUCCGGCCAGAGGGCGACGCGAGGAAGAAGAUCGAAACGAACGGCACGGCGGCGACGCAACGCCAUCGUCCGCCGCCGCCGCCGCCGCCGCCCCCGGUGACGUACUUCUCCUGUGUCCCGUACGUGCUGCAGCUGCUGGAGGCGGACGCGUCGGGCGCGGGCGUGCGCGCGCUGCGCCGCAUGGCGCUCGUCGGCGUGGGCGGCGCCGCGCUGCCGGCAGAGGUGGGCGACCGCUUGGUCGAUGCGGAGGGCGUGCGGCUGGUGUCGCGGUACGGGAGCGCCGAGUGCGGGUUUCUGAUGUCGUCGCAUCGGGCGUACGACGGGGAUCGGGAGUGGCAGUAUCUGAGGUGCGGUGCUGGGGGUGGCGGUGGUGGCGAGUUUUUGCGGUUUGAGCCGAGGGAGGGGGAGGAGGGGCUGGCGGAGUUGGUUGUGUUGAAGGGGUGGCCGUAUAUGGCGAAGAGCAAUAGGGACGACGGAUCGUUCGCCACGGCGGACUUGAUGGUGCCGCAUCCGACGAUUCCGGGGGCUUGGAAGUACCAUUCGCGCGCCGACUCGCAGCUCACGCUCAUCACGGGCAAGAAGUUUGACUCGUCGCCUCUGGAGUCGGCCAUGGCGGUGAGCCCGCUCCUCGACGAUGUCUUGAUCUUUGGGAACGGGCGGCCUUUCCCCGGGGCGCUGCUGUUCCGAAGUGAACGCUCUGCGGCCAUGUCUGAUGAGGAUUUGAUUGGCGCGGUGGAGUCGCUGGUUGAGAAGCUCAAUGCGGAGAGUCAGCAACACGCGCGGAUACCACGGAACAUGCUGUUGCCCAUGCCCCAUGAUCCAGGGGCUCUGGAGAAAAGCAGCAAGGGGACGAUUCUGAGAGGAAAGGCCGAGGAGAAAUACGCUGAUCUUAUUGACGGUAGCUACGGGAAUCUCAGUGUCCGGGACUCCAUGAUACCGGAUGAAGAGGUGACAGGGUUCAUCAUUGGUUUGAUUAAGAGCGUGGUAUCGAAGCCGGGGGAGCUGUGUGAAGACGACGAUCUUUUCUCCUAUGGAGUCGAUUCUGUUGCGUGCAUGCAGAUACGAUACGGGUUGAAUCAGCUCCUCCCAAAGAUUUCUUUAGAAUUACCGCUGAGCGUCGUGGAAGACUGCGGUACUGUCAAACGACUAAGCACAUUCAUGCUAAAGCUGCGCCAUGGGGAGUCGUACGAGGAGAGCGAAGACGAACUAGAGCUUAUGACUAGCCUUAUCGAGAAGUACGGUAACUUCGACGCCGUACUGCAAGAGGAUCCCACAGCAACCAAUUGUGCGGCUAACGGGACAGACAAUCAAGACGUCGUCGUCUUGACCGGAGCCACCGGCGCCCUGGGAGCCCACAUCCUGCACCUAUACCGUGACUCUGAACGAACCUCCAAGAUCUACUGCCUCGUCCGUGGCUCCGAUGCACACGCCGCUCGCGAACGCGUCGACAAAGCCCUCACCCAAAAGAGGCUUCCGGGCCUGGUGACGUCAGAGCACGCAGGCAACUCGAAGAUCGUAGUGCUGCAGUCUCAACUGGGCGAAGCCAAGCUCGGCUUGACCGAGGAAACGUACGCCAGGAUCGCCGCCGAAGCCACCAUCAUCAUGCACAUCGCGUGGUCGGUGAAUUUCCGGAUGCGGCUGCGCAGCUUCGAGAAGGACAACAUCGCCGGCGUCCACAACCUCCUCACCCUCGCCUUCCGCUCCCCCCGCCCCUCCCCUCCCUUCUUCGCCUUCUGCUCCUCCGUCGCCAGCGCCGCCAACUGGCCCCCAUCCGACCCCUCCUCCUCCAGCUCCAUCAUCGUCGUCCCCGAAACCACCUCGCCCUCCCCCACCGCCGCCUCCCCCCUCGGCUACUCGCGCUCCAAAUACGUCGCCGAGCUCAUCUGCCAGAACGCACAUCGCCACCACCACCGGCAACGCACUCGCGCUCGCAGCACUGGCAAUAUCGGCAGCAGCAGCAGAAGCAGCAGCAGCAACAGCAACAUCGCCGUCUUCCGCGUCGGCCAGCUCGCCGGCGACGCGGACGAGGGCGUGUGGAACGCGCGCGAGGCGUGGCCGCUGCUGCUGAGCACCGUGCGGCGCACGGGCUGCCUGCCCGCGCUGCGCGACGAGCCGCUGGCGUGGCUGCCGGUGGAUGUGGCGGCGAGGGCGUUUGUCGAGGCUGUUGCUGCUGGUACUGCUGCUGCUAGUACUGUUGCUACUGCUGCUGAUUCUGAUUCUGAUGCUGCUACCGCCGCUGAUGCCGGGGAAGAAGAAGAGGACGUGGUGGUUGGGGGGUCGGGGUGCAAGGUGUAUCACGUGUUGAAUGAGCAUUGCGAGCCGGAUUGGAUGCGGUUGCUGGAGUGGCUGGGGAAGCUGGAGGACUUCGAGGUCGUGGAGCCGGGGGUGUGGGUGGAGCGGUUGGAGGAGAGGAUGGCGGCGGUCGAGGGGGAGGGGGAGGGGCAGCAGCAUCCGGCUUUAAAGCUUCUUGGGCACUGGAAGAAUGCGUAUGGUGAGGGGGAAGGGGAGGCCGGUCGUGCCACGGCGGGAGGUGCUGAACGGCCAUCACCCGCGGGGGCUACGUCGGCGGAUGAUGGACGGCGGCGGCGGCGGAUUUUUGCCAUGGAAGAGACGAAGAAGGUCGCGCCCGUGUUGCGGAACGUAAGGCCGGUGGAUGAGGAGUACUUUGGGAAGAUCUGGACGUGGCUGUGUGGUGAUGUGAAGAUGGAGUAG